AUGGCGGCACAAGAUGCUGAUACAGAGCCAUUUAAGCCUCUACUGAUGCCUGCUGCUGCUCGGAGAGUGAGAAGAAACUUAUCAGCUGACUUGACAUUAAUACUUUUGAAGGAUCAUCAUUUGUGAACUAAGUCCGUCAUAAGCGCGAAACGGGAAGAGGAAAAAAACGCAAACAUUCUAAAACAACUUCGCCAUGAACCUGAUCAACAUCCCGGUGGUCCCUCUACCUCAUGGACCUCGCCGCACCACCACCAGAUCCAACAAACUCACCCGGUUGCUCCACCCGGGGUGAAAAUAAAGACUCGAGGACGCCACCAGACUGAGCCACAUGAACCAAUCCGUGAACCGCAUUCCUCAAGACCCUUACCACUGGGAUCAGAGGAGCCGUUUCCACCACCCCCUAAUCCAAACUCCGCCAGGCCAUUGCUAUUGAGCCCGGAAGAUCAACAACGAGCUCUACACCAUGGUGGCUAUGGACCUGAACCAACUCCAUGGAGAACCGCUCCAUCACGACCAGAGCCAUAUCAAUCAGGUACAAAGAGGGCCAAACCCAUGAAGUUGCCGGCUACAGUCUGCUGUGCGAUUCUCGUGAUCAUCCUGAUUCUCUCCGGCCUCAUCCUCCUCAUUGUUUACCUCAUCAACCGUCCACGCUCACCGUACUUCGACAUCUCAGCAGCGAACCUAAACACCGCGAAUCUCGACAUGGGUUAUGCUCUAAACGGAGAUCUCCAAGUUGUUGUAAACUUCACAAACCCAAGCAAGAAAAGCAGCGUGGAUUUCAGCUACGUGAUGUUCGAGCUCUACUUCUACAACACACUCAUAGCAACCGAGCACAUUGAGCCAUUCAUUGUUCCAAAAGGAAUGUCAAUGUUCACGAGCUUCCAUCUCGUGAGCAUUCAGGUCCCGAUUCAAAUGAUUCAGAGCCAGGAGUUGCAGAUGCAGCUCGGAACCGGUCCUGUGUUGUUGAACUUGAGAGGAACGUUUCACGCUCGCUCAAACCUCGGGUCGUUAAUGAGGUACUCUUAUUGGUUGCACACACGUUGCAGCAUCUCGUUGAAUACCCCUCCUUCAGGGUCUAUGCGAGCAAGAAGAUGCGAUACGAAACGCUAG